AUGACGAGAUCGUCCGAGUAUUCAGAGCCGAAAGAUGAGUCGUCGACGGCUAGACUACUUUCCUCUGACGAUGACUCGUAUACAUUCGAGACACCACAGGAAAGACCAAAGUCGCACUCCUGGAGCACAGCGCUAUGUAUCAUAGCCUUCGUUCUUUCCCUCGUCACCACCAACGUGGUAAGCGUAAUCAUAACUCUCCAAGCUGUGCGCGGCUCCCAAGGCAGCCGGACCGUAUCGGAACCUCCAGGAGGAGUAGCACCGCUGGUUCGUAGCAUACUGGCCGACUCCAAGCCAACCCGAUUCAACACGCCGUUCUACAACCGGGAGAAUAGCACAUACCGCGAACAUGAGUCUGCAGAUACAGAGGCCGCCUGGUUGGAAUUGACCCAGAUCCACGCCGGUAUCCUCCUAGUGCCGAGUGAAGAUGCUGAAGCCUCCGGGAUCGACCCAAAGAAACACGCCUACUUCGACAACCCCGAGAAAGGACUUGUCGGGCACCCGGUGCUGAUCGAAGCAACCCACCAACUGCACUGUCUGAAUCUGCUGAGACGGUACUCCUACUUCAACUUCAACUACACCAGCCAAGUAGAGCACACCGCUCUCUCGGCCACAACCUCGUACUACCAAAGCCUGCACGUCGAUCACUGCGUAGAGUACCUCCGCCACCGCCUGAUGUGCACCGCAGACGUCGGGAUCGUGCCGUUCGUGUGGGGCGGCCACGAGGGCCGGCUGACGGCGGACAUGGACCGCAUGCACAUGUGCAAGGACUACGAGUCCGUCCGGCAGUUUGUGAAGACGCACUCGAUACCGAGGCCCGUGAACGGCGAGGUCAAGCCGAGGCCGGGGGACUUUGUUGUUGAUGAUUAUAUUUAG